AUGCAGCCAUCUGACGUUACCCUAGAGAAUGCAUCCAUCGCACGAAAAAAUUUACAACGACGCUAUUUAAAAAACAAUAAAAAGAAAAAGGCUAAAUAUCGGGUUGGCGAUGUUGUACGCAUCAGUCGUACACGCGGCACCUUCGAGAAAGGAUAUGAAUCGGGAUGGAGUGAGGAAUUGUUUAUUAUCAAACGGAUAAUAACGUGGAGAACAUACUCACCUGUUGUGUACGAAUUGGAAGAUUUAGCUGGUGAAGUAAUUGACGGACUUUUUUACGAACAAGAAUUAGCAGAUGUCAAGAAUAGGAAUGUGCACGAGGGCGAGGUUAUUGUUUAA